UUUUUUUUCCCAGCUAGCGGUGUAACGGGGGCCACUUUAUCAAUGGUCCUAAUUCGGUUUCAUGAUCUAAGUCGUAUCUCUUCGUAACCCCGGACGGCGUAGCGGGCCUCGAACGGUCCAGGGUGCGGCGCGGACUCGCCACGGGCUCGGUACUUGUUAGAACGGGGGUUGCCAGAGAGAGAAGUUGAAUGGAUCCGAGGGUGGCUUGGAUUCAGCCCGAACAGAAAGGACCUGCGAACGCCUUAUGGAUGCACGUCUGGGAGACCUCUCAGGGAGUACGGACGCUGUCCGCUCAGCAGCAGCAGCAGCUCCACAAUCAGAACCACAACCAGUGCGUGAGUUACGCCGCGCUGGAUGUUUUGAAAAAUGUGGCGACCGCGGUGGCAUCGGGCAGCACCGGGAAUGGCAGCAGCCAUCACGGCAUCAACGGCACCGCGGUCCCCCCGCUGGGGAUAGCGCUGACCAACGGGAACGCACACAACUCCUUCCCCGUCGCGAGCGUCUCGGAGCCCGGUGAGGGGAAAAUCCUCCCCCGGAAGACGGGAUCCGUCUCUCCGCCGUCUCCGCAGGAGUCCGGGACGGACAGCCCCCCUUCCAGCUGCUCGCUGGAGAGGACUAUGGGUGGGAAUGACACGGGCAACAUUAAUAAAAACGUCGGGGGUGCCAACCUGAUCCUCAACCUGAGCGACACCAUGGACAAUAACGUCAACCUGUACCACCAUAACCUUCAUCAUCACCACCACCAUCAUCAUCAUCAUCAUCAUCACCACCUCCAGCAGCUCUGCAUGAAGCGCCACCAGCUCCAGCCCUCCGUGCCCGUAAACCCCACACACAGCCACCACCCGGGCCGGAGGAAAAGCGACAAUAAGGCGAGCACUUAUGGGAUGAAUUACCUGCUUUCAAACUGCACCAAUGGGAACUACCCGAGCUCCUGGACACCCUGGAAGACGAGGAAGUACAACCCUGGAGUACUCGGACUCCAUGAAGAGGUGAUGGACUUCUACAACUUCAUGUCGCCUCGACCAGAGGAGGCGGCGAUGAGGAAGGAGGUGGUGAACCGGAUAGAGAUGAUCAUCAAGGAGCUGUGGCCCACUGCAGACGUCCAGAUAUUUGGCAGCUUCAGCACCGGCCUGUACCUUCCAACAAGUGACAUUGACCUGGUGGUGUUUGGGAAGUGGGACCGUCCCCCGCUGCAAGAGCUGGAACAAGCUCUUCGCAAGCAUAAUGUGGCAGAACCUUUCUCCAUCAAAGUGCUGGACAAAGCUACAGUGCCAAUCAUCAAGCUGACAGACGAGGAGACCGAGGUGAAGGUGGACAUCAGUUUUAACGUGGAGACCGGCGUGAAGGCAGCGAGCUUCAUAAAAGACUACGUCAAGAAGUACCCGGUGCUGCCUUACCUGAUCUUUGUACUGAAGCAGUUCCUGCUGCAGAGGGACCUGAACGAGGUCUUCACGGGGGGCAUCAGCUCGUACAGCCUCAUCCUCAUGGUCAUCAGCUUCCUGCAGCUCCAUCCUCGUAUUGAUGCCCGCAACCCCAGCGAAAACCUGGGCGUGCUGCUGAUCGAGUUUUUUGAAUUGUACGGCCGCCAUUUCAACUACUUGAAAACAGGGAUCCGCAUCAAAAAUGGUGGCGCAUACAUAGCCAAAGAGGAGAUAAUGAAGGCCAUGACGAACGGACACAGGCCAUCCAUGCUCUGCAUAGAAGACCCAUUGCUCCCAGGCAACGACGUAGGGAGGGGUUCCUACGGCGCGAUGCACGUCAAGCAGGUGUUCGACUACGCUUACACUGUCCUGAGUCACGCUGUGUCGCCGCUGGCGCGGUCGUAUCCCAACAAAGACUGCGAGAGCACGCUGGGGAGGAUAAUCAGGUUGACGCAGGAAGUGAUCGACUAUAGGGAGUGGAUCAUUAAGAAGUGGGGGGGCAGGGAUCUGACGCGGACGGACAACCGAGUGUCUCCACCGAAGGAGCCGGCGUCGGAGCAGGAGUCCUGUGUGCUGGGCGGCGGCGUCGGGUCAGAGGAGCAGCAGAGGGACUCGGUGUCCCCCCACAGCGCCGACUCUCCCAUGUCCAUCUCCAGCCCCCAGCAGCACUCGUCAGCCUCGUCGGUGUCCUCACUGUCGGGAUCCGACAACGACUCGGACUCCACGCUGCCGUGCCCCCUCCCGCCGCUCACCCUGCCAGCGUACCCGUCCUUCCCGCACCUCGGCCUGGCUCUGCCUCCGGGCCUCAACAUGGGCACCGGAAAGCCCGGCAUGGGAGGACCCCACCUGCUCCUACCUCCAGGUUCACAGGCUCGCGUCUCACUGCCCGGUGGUCUAGCCAUGUCCUCUAUACCUGGCAGACAGGUGUGUAUAGACACCGGGCUCCCCCCCUUCUUCCACAUGCCCCCCCCAGCCCAUGCUCAUGCCCCCGCCCCCUCCAGCCCCCAGCCUCCGCCCAGCCCCCACUCCAGCCACACACACAAGAACGGAGCAAAGUUCAACGCGAAGGGCUUCCACAACCCGCCGCUGGUCAACAACGCUGUCCUGGCCACGCGCGGACACACGCACACGCAGUACCACCGCAACACCUGGAGACGCCGAAAGAGGGACAGCCUGCCGGUCAGCCUCAGCAGAUAGAAGCCACUCCUCCUCCUGCUUCUCCUCCUCCUCCUCCUCCGGCUCUCCAUUCGUCUUGAAUGAGGGCGCACAGGCAGGUCGACCUGGACCCCGAGACCAGCAGCCAUCACUCUGAAGCUCGACACCAUCC